GCGGCCGGAUGUUUCUUUAUUGUGUUUAGCACGUCCACUUGCUCGACCAUGGCUCCCAAGAACGCUCGGCGAACGUCAGGAGUGUCAAGUCCAGCCACGCCUGGUGCGGCUCAGGGCACGCCCUCCACUUCGGCUUCCGGCGCCCGUGCCACGCCUGAAGAAUGGUUGUCUUGUCGACAAUCGCCGAUGAUUUGCUAUCCCCGAUGGGCGGCUAACGACCACGCCCAAGCCACGGGCUCCUCCAUCCCGGAAUCGGAGAUGGUCCUGGGAUUGAACUACAACGUCCUGGUCGAUGGCGUGUUUUACGGGCGUGUGGGGCGCGUUAGCCGUAGUGCCAUCCCCUGGUCGGGCUUGAAUCCCAGUCUCUUGGCCCGCAGCGUGUUCACCUCCGAGGACACCAUGCGCCGUUUACAGGUGGGAUUUUCCGAAUGGGUCGAGAUCCGCAUCGGGACCCAUCCUCCCCAGCCCUUUCGCGUGUUUCCUCUCAAUCAACGAGCCUUUCACGGCCAGAUCGUGGCCUUGCCCGAAGUUCAUCAAACCCUUAAUACCUUCGACCCAGUGGGACCGCUUCAAAUCCGAGCCCUGCCCGGUUGUGCUCGGGUCUGGUCCCAAGUCCGGGUGAGUCUGGAAUCCGAUGCCAUGGGACCAGACGUGUCCACGCUCUUGCGCCAUGUGACUCGAGACAGCUGGGUGGGCGUGGGGACCGUGUGGGUGGUGCCUUACUAUGGACGUCAGGUCCAGGUCAUCGUUCGGCAUUGUCAGGCGAAUGAGCAGGUCGAUGAUACGAAUGGGACAUCGGAAGAUCUGGCACUUCUCGAGACCCAAUUGGACCAAAUGCGCCUCUCCGCCCAUGAGGAUAGUGGGGGGUUGGGUCGGAUCACACAUCGCACGAUCAUCAGUCUGAUGGAAGACACAACCGAAUCGGAAGCCGUUUUAGACGAGACCGCCAGUCCGAGUUUUCACAUUGGUGGCUUGCAGCGUGAAAUUGAAAUCAUUCGCAAAGCCUCCAAGAGCGUGUUGAAUCCGGUGCCCAAGAAGAAAUCGUUGCUCCGUCCGACCAAUGGGAUCGUCUUGUGGGGUCAUGCGGGUACCGGUAAAUCCGUCCUAGGUUCCAAUCUGGGGGCGUUACUGGGCGUGAAUCAAGUCAACGUGUCUUCGUCUGAACUCAUGUCUCAAUUUUACGGCCAGAGUGAGGAGAGCAUCCAACUCAAAUUUGAAGAGGCCAUAGAUCAAGAGCCUUGCGUGCUCUUUUUGGACGAUCUGGAGCUGCUCUGUCCGAAAAAAGACGAUGGAUCUCGCUCCGACCAAGGCAAGCGAGUUAUGGCCGCUUUAUUCACCCAAAUGGACAAAUUGCAUUCGCAAAGAAAGCGGAUCCUCGUAAUCGGGGCCACUCCCAAGAUAUCCGACAUCAGCGAGAAUGUCCUUCGUCCCGGGCGAUUCGAUUUUCAUGUGGAAAUCGGCGUACCCAACGCUCGAUCCCGACUUGAGAUUCUUACUAGCCUCCUGGAGCUGGUUGAUCACCAAGUCUCGGCUGGAGGUGUACAAGAGCUAGCUGAUGUUACCCAUGGGUUCGUGGGGGCUGAUUUGCGAGCGCUCAUCAUUGAAGCUGAAAGCCAAGCGGAAUCUCAAGAUGGCCGUGUACUCUCUUUAGAUCACCUGAAAGCCGCCCUCGUUGAUGUCAAACCCAGUGCAAUGAGAGAGGUUUUAGUGGAAAUCCCGAAUGUGACUUGGGAUGAUAUCGGUGGCUUGGACGAUAUCAAGCUGGCCUUACAACAAGCCGUGGAGUGGCCUUUAAAGCGACCUGACGUCUUCACCCGAUUUGCCAUAACUCCACCCAAAGGCGUGUUGAUGUACGGCCCACCGGGCUGCUCGAAAACCAUGGUAGCCAAAGCAUUGGCCCACGAGAGUGGGCUAAAUUUCUUGGCCAUUAAAGGCCCCGAAUUUCGAGAUUUGUUUCGCAAGGCCCGUCAAGUGGCGCCCGCCAUCAUCUUCUUUGACGAGAUCGACGCUUUGGGUUCUGAACGUGGAGGAAGUGGGAAAGUGGGCGAUCGCGUUUUGGCCCAGAUCCUCACCGAAAUGGAUGGGGUGGAGCAAUUGAAAGAUGUCACGAUUGUGGCGGCCACCAAUCGACCCGACAUGAUUGACAAAGCCUUGAUCCGGCCCGGUCGCUUGGAUCGUCAUUUCUACGUGCCGCUGCCUGAUGAGGAAACCCGUCGGAAAGUGUUCCAAGUCCACACCAGGAAAAAACCAUUAGCCUCUGAUGUCUCCUUCGAUUCGCUAGUUUUAAACACCCAAGGCUACUCUGGAGCGGAAAUCGCCGCGAUUUGCAACGAGGCAGCCCUGAAAGCUCUGGAAGAAGACAUUGAAGCUCAGGAAAUUACAUGGGAACAUUUCAGACAAGCCUUGGCGACAGUCAAGCCCCGAAAUCAAAGUGAUUUGUUAGAUGUCUACUCUCGAUUUCAGAGCGCAAAAUAAAACGGCAACAUCAUUAGUUGUCUUUUAGCUUGUUUAAGACCAACGAAUAUGAGUAUUCAUUUCCUUAUUUCAUGUCUGUGGCAUUAAAUGUUGUUGUUUUUAUUCUUCUUCCUUGAAG